GGACCACCUCCCGUGUGCCCUCGGAUCUAGCAUAUCCGUUACACUGCUCAGCAGACGCUUUUGUGAGCAGGCUUACCCCAAACCUUUCCCAUCCCCGCAAACACUUCCCUCCAUGAAUGCCGAUAGUGUUGUACGUGUGCUGUGUUUCCAUUGGUUAUUGGUAAACGGAAGUUUAACAACAGACACGCCGGAUAGACGUAACUCACCGAAAUGAAAGUAAAAGGCAACCGCUAAGAGGCUCUCCUGUGUUUGUGCUCGGUCCGUGUCAACAUGAGCUCUUUACGGUUUAACAGCGUUUUGUUAGAGAUUUCUAACGCCAUGUCUGCUGAUCAGCUGAAUGAAAUAAAGUUCCUGGUUCAACAAGAGAUCGGGAAAAGAAAUCUGGAAAAAAUCGGCAGCGGUCGGGAACUCUUUCAGCUUUUCAGGGAAAGAGGCAAACUGGCAGAAGAUAACACGGCCUUUCUUUCAGAGCUUCUCAAAGAAAUUAAGCGACAAGAUCUCUCGGACAAGAUAGACAACUUCAAUAUUCAGCCCGAACCUGACGAUGGCCUGAGUGAGGAGGAGAAAGCAAAACUGAAAAUUGCCACAGAGGUAAUUGCAGAAAAUCUUGGAAAGAGUUGGCGAAAACUAGGCCGCAAAUUAGGUUUGAGUGAAACCAAGCUGGAGUCCAUCUCUAAGAAGCAUCCAACAGAUCUAGAGGAGACAGCAGUGGAGCUGCUCAAGGAGUGGGGGAAGAGUCAAGGAGCUGAAGCCCAAACAAAGAUGCUGAUAGAUGCUUUGAGAGCUUGCCAGUUGAAUAUGACUGCUGAUAAAGUAGAGGAAAGACUAGCAACCUAGAAUACACUCUUAAAUUGGAAAUUGUUGUUCAAGAAAACGGCAAACAAAAAGGUUAAAAGUAUGCAGAAAAGUCAUGAAAGUAAUUCAAGUGAUUGAUUUGAACUCCUGAAUUGUAUCUCUAUGUCCUGUUAUCUUUAUUAUUAGUAGAAUGUUGCUGUUUGGGUCUCCUGCUUUGUGAAAGCAAUGUUGCUCUCAGUGUUUCAAGGUGACAAAAUUGCUAGUGAUAGUUGUUAAUAUGACUCAUAUAUAAAAGUGUUCAACUUCUGUAUGCAAUCCAACAACUGAAAGUCAUAUGAAUAUGUUGCCAGAGCUGUUGGUAAAUAUUUUUAUUGAGGUACAGGAUCUUCUCAUCAAAUGUUCCAAAAUUAUGAAAGAUAUUUUUUAUGUCACACUAUUCAUCCAAGAUUUUGCUCUUGAUUCAGAAUUUAGAUGAAAAGGCAGGAAAUAAUUAGGAAAAGAAGCUUAUUCUGGAAAGUAAAAUGAGAUUUGUGUUGCUCUUUUUUUAUUCUUUUUAUUCUUUGUCAACAGACAGCAUUAUAUUUUAAUGCUUUUGGUUGUAUAACCCAAAAUGUACCCCAUAUCCAACUCUUUUUCCUCGUAGGGUUUGAUGUCAUCAAACAUCAAACAAUUUCAUGCUUAAAACCACAUAACCUUUGAUUGGAUGGUUCACCCUGAUCUCCUUUCUAUGUGGCUCUCUGUGUAGCUACAGAUGGUGCUGGCAUAUGAACAUGAACUGUUGUUAGUUUGAGGCCCUUUUGAGGAAAUUCAGGACAAACCUGCUGAGCGGCAGUUCAAAAAAUUCUUGCAUGAGACUUAAGCUUUUUUUAAAUUUCAGCUUAAUAUUGGGAUAUAUUUCUUACACAGAAUGAAAACCCAGGUUCACCCCCAAAAACUAGAGCUGAAAGUAUAAGAGGAAGGGAUUUCCAUGCAAGAAAGGAGCUUUAAAGACCUCCAGAGUUUGUCUUUUCAGACACAGUUUGUGAUUUUAAAGUUAGCUGACUUUGAUUGCAAUACAGCAUCACUUUGUGUGUGUUUUGCAUAUUGUCUUUGGUUCAGUAUACUUACAGCACUGGUAGAGUCUGUUCAACCUAUCGAUAUCAUUUUUGCUCAUCUGAGUGGCCCCACCCAACAUUACAUUGCUAUUAGGAAUGGGCACCAUAGUGGGUUGGUUGUUCUUGGAGAAGGCAUACCUGAAAACAAAUGAAGUUAAUUUUGAUUAAUUUCAUUUUUCUGGUGAUUUAGCUCCUCAGUACAUCAUGUUCUAAUCUUUGAAAGCAUAUUUGCACUGGUUUUACUAAACACUCUUGUAUAGGAAGGUAUGCACAGACAAGUUAUGAUUGUGUAGAGGCUCUGCUCUGCUAGCAGUAUGCUGUAGGGACAGUUGAUGGUUUCUUCAUGUGAAAAUAAUAGGAACACCCAAAUUCCAAACUUCACACACAGUUUCCAUGGACUUAUGUGUAAAAAAGUAUUAAAGUAACAUAUGUAAAUAAAAGUAUGAAUUUAUUCUUACCUCUCAUAUUGCAUGAGAGAGUUGUAGUCAUAAGGAGUUCCCUGGUUUAGAGUAUCAAUCUUAUAGAAAUUGUACUCCAUGUCUGUGAGAAUAAGGAGAUAUGUGUGCAUGAGGUGUGGGAACUAAAAUAUCUAACAAAUGCACAUUUUUAUAUUAUGUAUAAUCAUUUUAAUACAGCAUCCAUUGAACCUCACCCCAUUUAGGGUUAUUAUCAUGAACUAAUUUUAAGCUAAAAACUAUAACUAGGUCUUUAAAAGUAAACCAAAUGAAUGAAAAAUGAACUACACUAACAAUAAAAACUAACUAAAGAUAUAAGGCAAUAAAAACAUGAUUGAAAGGGCCGCAACCACUUUGGAAAUAACUAAAAUGCUCUAAGCGGUGAAUGGAUCAGUACCUAUGUAGCACUUGUCUGCUUUAACUGCUCAAAGUGCCUUUUACUAUGAGCCUCAUUAGCCCAUUUACACACACAUUCAUAAACAGGUUUAUUCUAAAGUUGUAUUAAUCUUUGUUGACAGAUUAUGCUAUCAUCUUUAGUUUUUUAAUUUUAUUUACUGAACUUUAGCUCGGUGCAAUAAAAGAAAAAAAUCUCUCUCAACCUCAGUCACACUAUUUCUUUCUCUAGAACUGCUUUGCCCUUCGAAUUAAUUUAACACAAAAUCCAAAUUAGCACAGAAAAUGGUGAUGGUGACUGACCAUCAAGGAUGUUCUCCCAGUACACCCUGAUGUAGUUGUCCCUGUCAGAACGGGUCUGUUCGUGAUUGAAGCCUAGGGCAUGGAGUAAUUCAUGCUGGACAGUGCUGUGGUAAAGACAGCCCUGACGGCUUAGAGACACAGUUUGACCACCACCCUAGCGACCUACGUAGGAGUAGCAGCUGUUAAAACAGAAAAGUCCCGCAAUAUUUAGAAAUCACAAAAGCCUUUUGCACAUGUACAUCUGUAAGGCAAAUGUUUCUUUAUACGCCUCGUAGGACAACAAUAAUGUAUUUCAACAUAUGAUGAAUUAUGUUGAAUCCAUACUGUAGCUCAGGUGACUGUGGGAGCCAGGCCAUCUGACGCAGCACUCCAUCACUCUCCUUCUUGGUCAAAUAGCCCUUACACAGCCUGGAGGUGUGUUUGGGGUCAUUUAUGCUGUUGAAAAAUAAAUGAUGGUCCAACUAAAUGCAAACCAGAUGGGAUGGCAUGUCGCUGCAGGAUGCUGUGGUAGCCAUGCUGGUUCAGUGUGCCUUCAAUAUUGAAUAAAUUCCCAAUAGUGUCACCAGCAAAGCACCCCGACACCAUCACACCCCCUCCAUCCUUCACAGUGGGAACCAUGCAUGUAGAAACCAUCCAUUCACCUUUUCUGUGUUGCACAAAAGCAAGGCUGGUGGAAUCAAAGAACUCAAAUUUGGACUCAUCAGACCAAAGCACAGAUUUCUACUGGUCUAAUGUCCAUUUCUUAUGUUUCUUGGCCCAAACAAAUCUCUUCUGCUUGUUGCUUUUCCUUAGUCGUGGUUUCUUAGAAGCUAUUUGACCAUAACAGCCUGAUUCGUGCCGUCUCCUCUGAACAGUUGAAGUAGAGAUGUGUCUGCUACUGAAACUCUAUGUGGCAUUUUUCUGGGCUCUAAUCUGAGGGGCUGUUAACUUGUGAUUUCUGAGGCUGGUGACUCAGAUGAAUUUAUCCUCAGCAGCAGAGGUGACUCUUGGACUUCCUUUCCUGGGACGGUCUUCUUGUGAACCAGUUUUAUCGUAGCGUUUGAUGGUUUUUGCAACUGCACUUGGGGACACAUUCAAUCUUUUUAGGAAUUUUCCAGACCGACUGAACUUAAACUUAAAGUGAUGAUGGACUGUGGUUUCUCUUUACUUAGCUGAUUGGUUCUUGCCAUAAUAUGAAUUCUUACAGUUGUCAGCUGACAGAACUGUCAGCUGUGUACCAACCUGACUUCUUCACAACACAACUGAUGAUCCCAACCCCAUUAAGAAGGCAAGAACUUCCACAAAUAAACCCUAACGAGGCACACCUGUGAAGUGAAAACUGUUUCAGGUUUUCUUUGCUACAUAAUUUCAUACAUCUUGCUUCAUAUAUUUGAUGUCUUCAGUGUGUAUCUACAAUGCAGAAUGUAGUAAAAAUAAAGAAAAAAUUAAAUGAGAA